AUGGCUCCUGUCUAUCACGGGCAGUGGUCUUACAACAUAGACACUCUCUACGCCACUUCCUCCUGCGGUCAUGUUCACUCACGCGCGACAUAUUCCGAGCUAGAGGACAUUUUCAGUACACCAUUGGGAGCCAGAAGGAACAGACCCGACAACCCAGCCCACUGGUACGAAGCCCAACUUCUCCAUUUUGGACUACCUCCAACAAAAUACAAAGCUACAGCCAAGAUGAGGUUGAUGGAUGCCUUCCAGGACGGGAAAUUAUAUGUCCCGGAGGAAAUACUACGAAUUGAAGAAACCUUGAGCAGAAAUUGGAUCAAACAAGACCUGGAGGCGCGUAUCCUGGGCCCUUCCAUGAGACCUUCGCUCGAUCCUGGUAUCACGAUAGCUCCGGUGACUGAUGUGACUCGAUUUGGCGCCCAGAGACCUUCGGGUGGUGAGCAGCGAAAUCUAUUCAGUGCAGCCUUGGCUGGAGGAGCCGGCAUACAAGGCAACAUGCGGUCUCAACGAAAUGAUACCCAACCACCCCACGCCCAGACAAAGAAAAGAAAAGACAACGGAGAACUAUCAACCCGCCCUAUGAAGACUGCCAGAUGUCGUGAUGAAACCGGUGAACCUGAUUUGCAGGUCCAGGUUCACAUCAAUCCGAACGGUGAGAGCUUUCAGCACAUAUCGACAGUUAUUCCAGAAUCACUGGGAACCGGACGCGGACGCCCGGCUCCGGACGGAGAAUUGCAGCAAGUUGGAUAUCAAACUAUCCCUCUAUCGUACCAGGCUACCUACGGAACAGUUACACAACUGCCCCCUCCUGGACGAAUGGAUGUUGACGGUGCGAGUGACUGUGGGUACGGCUACAAGUCAGCGAUGGGCUCGAGUCAACCUGGAUGGAAUUUCAGGAAUAGAGAGCCAGUGGCCAAGGUAUGA